AUGAAUAAUCAAUUGAUUGUCUACGCUAACAAUUUUAAUUAUGAGUAUGUUAUAUAUUUUGCUCCAUUCACUGCUCCAGAACUUUGUACAGUUAAUAUUACUGAUUUGGGUACUAAUGAUAUUCAAUGUGAUUUUGUUUACAGUGUUAUUACGCCAAAUAAUCAAUCAGCAUUACCUUGUUUUGUUUAUAAUUGUAUCGAUAUUCUAUAUCGUAAUGUGAUUGGUCGUAUUGAUUUUGUCAAUAAUGGAACAGUGUGUGCAUAUGAACAUAUGAAUUCAGUUGUAUCUGGUAAUUAUUCAACACAAGAUAAUUUUGUCAUUAUUAUUGAUACAAAUGGUACGGGUGUAUAUGCUUUUGCUGAUGAUUUUAUUACCUACUAUGAUUUUGGAACAUGGAAAAUGAAUGUCUGGCCAAAUACAUUACCGAUUUCACCUCGUGCAGUCGAUCUUACUACCAAUUAUGGUGUACUAACUGGCUAUUGUCAAACCACACCAUUGCAGGCAUUUGAAUGUGCCAUUGUUAUACACGUCAAUGGAAAUUUAUCGAGUCCAUCGUAUACAACUAGUUUUUCUAUUGGAGGUUCAUUAAAUUUUUCAUGGGCUGAUCCAAGAAGCACUCACUUUAUUGCUACUGCUCGAGCCUAUUCAACAGUAACCUCAUGGCAGUUACUAUUUCAGCACUUUCUAAUCGUGUGUUAA